GGCCGGCGCCUUCAGUCUCCUCCUCCGCCGCCUCCGGGUUCCGCAGUCACUUCCUGCAGCUGUUUCCCUGUGGGUCCGGUUGGACUGACUUUUGACAGUCAGCCUUUAGCUGCGGAGGGGGCUCGGCGGGACCAGCGAGAAAGUUGCGGGGAGGGAGGCGGAGUUGAACCGGGCCGAGCGGGGUGCGUAGGACAGAGGGCGGCGGGCGUCCCAGGCAGACGCGGGCGCCCAGACUCCCGGAGCGUUCCGGGGGUUCCGAUUUGAAGACCCGACUUCUCGUCACCCACUGGAUUAUGCCCAAGUCUUUCCUACCCAAUGAUCCUCUUGCAACACGCUGGGCUUCCUCCGCCUAAGCGGCCCUCAUCCUCUCCUCCUAUGUCAGUGGCCGCCAGGUCUACAGGAACCUUGCCGCUUCCGCCGCAGAAGCCUUUUGGGCAGGAGGCUUCCUUGCCUCUGGCCGGGGAAGAAGAGUUACCUAAGGGAGGGGAGCAAGACACUGCCCUGGAGGAGCUAUGUAAGCCCCUGUACUGCAAGCUCUGCAAUGUCACCUUGAACUCAGCACAGCAAGCCCAGGCUCAUUAUCAGGGUAAAAAUCAUGGUAAGAAACUCCGAAAUUACUAUGCAGCAAACAGCUGUCCUCCUCCUGCCAGAAUGAGCAAUGCAGUGGAACCUGUGGCUACUCCAGCUGUUCCAGUCCCUCCGCAGAUGAGCUCCUUUAAGCCAGGAGGCAGAGUGAUUCUGGCCACAGAGAAUGAUUACUGUAAGCUCUGUGAUGCCUCCUUCAGUUCUCCGGCUGUGGCCCAGGCUCACUAUCAAGGGAAGAAUCAUGCCAAGAGGCUGCGGCUGGCGGAAGCUCAGAGUAACUCAUUCUCAGAAUCCUCAGAGGUUGGUCAACGGCGGACCCGGAAAGAAGGGAAUGAAUAUAAGAUGAUGCCUAAUAGGAGAAAUAUGUAUGCAGUACAGAAUAAUUCAGCAGGUCCUUACUUCAAUCCCCGCUCUCGGCAGAGAAUUCCACGUGAUCUGGCCAUGUGCGUUACUCCAAGUGGCCAGUUUUACUGCUCCAUGUGUAAUGUUGGGGCCGGCGAAGAAAUGGAAUUCCGGCAGCAUUUAGAGAGCAAGCAACAUAAAAGCAAGGUGUCUGAACAGCGGUACAGGAAUGAGAUGGAGAAUCUGGGAUAUGUAUAGUGAUUGUCAUAUUCAGAUAGAGCAGCUUGUCCUGCCUGUUGUUUGCCUUCUGUCAACAUGUUCUGCUUUGUGGUUCUUUUGAUAUGAGUACAUUCCUCUGCUUAAUGUUAAUACACCUAACCUGCAGUGGUACCACAAGGUGUCAAAACUGGGGAAGGAAGAGAACGUGCUUAAGUCAUGAUGCUUUUUCAGGUCAGUUGUGUUGAGCUGCUUAAAGCCAAUGACCUACCUACCCCAUGAGAAAUAACUUUUUAUCUUGACCAAGUUCUGGUCAACUAGUAGCCUGACCACUUAGAGCUUUAGCUAUUUAAAAACUUCAUCUUUUUUUGCGAUUUUAGUGUUACGUACUGCUAAAUAAAUAAUUUUAUUGAGUUCUUGCUUCAGAUCAUAGUAAAAACAGGUAAGCAAA